AUGGCGGACACGCAUGAAAAAGGGACUCGGAACAACCAGGAGCUCUCCUCUGCCUCGAGUGGAGAUGACGAAAUCCAUCGUGCCGAGCGUGGCAGAACCAUGUCUGAAGAGGCCAACCUCAAUUCAAACAUCUCGGCCAUGAUCAAAAACCCUCUUGCCCAUCUUACUCCAGAAGAGGUUACCCGAAAUGUCGAGGCCUUCGCCAAGGAACAUGAGUUGGCCGAGAUAACUCCGCUCUUGGUCAAGGGUGCUCUUGUUGCCAAAGAUCCUCCAGCUUUCGAGUCUGUGCCGGGCCUCGAAGAUUUCGAGAAGGAGGCUAUUCGCAAUGAAGUUCUUCAUAAGUGGCGUCAACCUAAGUCGCUCUUUUUCACCAUCAUCCUGUGUUCCAUCGGGGCUGCUGUUCAGGGCUGGGAUCAGACCGGUUCGAACGGAGCUAACCUAUCAUUUCCACUUGCCUUCGAUAUCUGGGAGGGAGAGACCUUCCCUGACAACGACCCCCGCGGAAGAGCUGGACAGCCAAAUCCUGAUGCGCAGACUAACCAGUGGCUGGUGGGCGUGAUCAAUGCUGGCCCUUACAUUGCAUCUGCUUUUUUCGGCUGUUGGAUAUCUGACCCACUCAACCACUAUUUUGGGCGAAGGGGUACGAUCUUCUUCUCCGCCGCUUUCUGCUGUCUUCCGGUCAUUGGGUCUGCUGUGUGCCAAAACUGGUGGCAACUCUUCAUUACUAGGCUGCUUCUCGGUAUCGGUAUGGGCGCCAAAGCAUCAACGAUCCCCAUCUUUUGCGCCGAGAAUUCUCCAGCAGCCAUACGCGGCGGUUUGGUCAUGUGCUGGCAAAUGUGGACCGCUUUUGGUAUCUUCCUAGGCUUCUCCGCCAACCUCGCCGUCAAAGAUACCGGUGCUCUUUCGUGGAGACUACAACUUGGCUCUGCUUUCAUUCCCGCCGUGCCUCUUUGGGUUGGAGUCUAUUUCUGCCCAGAAAGUCCUCGCUGGUACAUCAAGAAGAAGCGGUAUACCAAAGCCUAUGCUUCGCUCAAACGACUUCGAAACACCGAGUUGCAGGCCGCGCGCGAUCUUUACUACAUCCACGCCCAGAUCGAGAUGGAGUCUGCAUUCGUGAAGCCGUCCAAUUAUUUCACCCGCUUUUUCGAACUAUUUACCAUUCCUCGAGUUCGACGUGCGACCUUGGCGUCCUGGACGGUUAUGAUUGCCCAACAGAUGUGCGGCAUUAAUAUCGUUGCUUUCUACUCGUCGACAGUAUUCAGUCGAGCUGGAGCAUCUGUCACCGAAUCACUCCUCGCGUCCUGGGGCUUUGGCCUGGUCAAUUUCGUCUUUGCCUGGCCCGCGAUCUGGACCAUCGACACGUAUGGGAGACGCACAUUGUUGAUCUUCACGUUCCCACAGAUGGCAUGGACGCUACUUGCUGCCGGAUUUUGUUUUUGGAUUCCCGACUCCAGUAGGGCACACUUGGGCAUGAUUGCUCUAUUCGUCUUCUUGUUUGCUGCCUUUUAUUCGCCAGGAGAAGGUCCAGUGCCAUACACCUACUCGGCCGAGGUUUUUCCAUUGUCGCAUCGUGAGGUUGGUAUGGCGUGGGCUGUAGCCACUUGCCUGUUCUGGGCCGCUGUGCUCAGCAUCACUUUCCCGCGUAUGCUUGCAGCUUUGAGACCGCAAGGAGCGUUCGGCUUCUAUGCUGCGCUCAAUAUCACCGCCUUAGUGAUGAUCUACCUCUGGGUGCCAGAGACGAAGCAACGCACCCUCGAAGAACUCGACUAUAUCUUUGCCGUCCCAACAACAUCUCACAUGUCUUACCAAGUAUACCAAGUCUUGCCAUGGUGGAUCAAGCGCUACAUCUUUCGCAGGAAAGGUGCAGAAUGUCCACAGCUUUACCACUUCGAGGGCAAGAUGCAAGACGAUGAUGAUUGGCAGAAGGAGAUCCGCCGGCAGAGCUACGCUGCUCAGGGUGGCACUCCAAGGAAGGGAAGCUUGGCUGCCAUCAAAGCGAAGUUUUAG